AUGAAACAAACAUUUGUCCAUGAUGCCAGUCAACAAUUACAAUCGGCCGUAUUCUCAUCAGGCCUUAUAACAAAAUUAAUAUGUUUAUUUUGUAUUAUUGGAUAUGGUCUUUCAUUUAGUUCUCAAUGUGUUCAAGUACUUACAGUCAUUCCAGGUCGUGUAAUGCCUCCAAAUUUUUGGAUUUGGACAUUUAUUACACAUAGUUUUAUUGAAUUACAUAUAUGGCAUACAAUAAUUGAUGUUAUUGUUGUUUUUCUUUAUUCAAAAAUGAUUGAACCAUUAUGGGGUACAAAAGAACUUUUAAAAUUUUAUUUUAUUGUUACAAUUCCAAAUGCAUUAGUUGUAACAUUUACUUAUUUUUUAUUUUAUGGUUUAACAUUUAAUGAAGAUUAUUUAUUUGAAAGACCUAUUUAUGGUUUAGCAUCAUUUAUUGGUGCUUAUUCAGUUGUUAUUAAACAAAUUAUGCCUGAUACUAUUUUAGCAACAACACCAUUAUGUAAACUUAAACAAGAUCAUGUACCAUUAUUAAUUGUUAUUUUAUCAACAAUACUUUGGAUUGUAUAUGCUGUACCUAUACAUUUUUUAAUUAUGCUUAGUUUUGGUAUUAUUAUUAGUUGGACAUAUUUAAGAUUUUUUCAAGUACAUCAAAAUGGAACGCAAGGCGAUAUGUCAACAUCAUUUUCAUUUGCAAGUUUUUUUCCACCACCUAUAUCACCAAUAAUAAGUAUAUUUGCUAAUACAAUUUUUGCAAUAUUUGUUAAAAUAAAAUUAUGUAAACCAUUUGUUAAAAAAUAUAAUGUUGCUUCAUCAUCAAAUAUUACAAUAACUAUUCCAGGUGUUGAAGCAGUUGAUGCUGAUAGAAGAAGACAAAAAGCAUUGAAAGCUUUAAAUGAUCGAAUGAAAUUGAAAGAUUUACCAUCAGAAGCAUGGCCUGAAUUAGAAGAAAGUCAAAGUCCAUUAUUACCUCCAACACAUCAAUUAGAACCUUCAUCGAUAAUAAUUGAUAUGAAUAAUUCAAAUAAAAUAUUAACACCAACAAAAGAAGAUUUAAAUCAACACCAAAUAUCAGCAUAA